UUUGAGCAUGAUUCCAAUGCAAGACAGAUAUUCAGCUUUUUUAGGUUUUAUGAAAAAAAAAAAAUAUUGGUAAAAGAUAACCAAUCUCGUUGUAAUCACUGUUCCCCAGUUAGGCUUGUUUGUUUUGAAGAUUUCUGUUCCUAAAACUGUAGAGAGAGAAAAAAAAGAUUUAGAUUGUUAUAUUUUUUGUAUUCGUGUUAUUUCAUGUCACCGAAAAGAAAAAAAAAAUAGAAAUAACUUAAAAUAUAUGGUAGCUGGUUUAUUUAUUCAUUUUUAAAUCUCUCUGUAAGACGUAAUUCAUGGUUUCUCGUACCUCCCCGAUUAUUUAUUAUACUGCCCUUCCUUGACCUGAUCUAGAGGCGUCCCUCAACGCGUGACGUCAGAUAGGUAGAGAUGUCAUGGCGUCUGUGGAGUCAGAGCAGAAGCAGCAAACCAGAUAAAGAUUGAGCGACAGCAGGGAUCGACAUGGAGAACAAUGCAGACCCGCAACAAGACCUCGCAGGGGGGACAGCGUGCUCAUCCAGACCCGCGGAAUUGAGCGAGAAAAAAGCGAUCGGCGGUCUGAAAAACACAACCGAGAGCUGCAAAAACAGUGAAGCUACAACUGCUGUUGCUGUUGAUUGUAGUCGUGCCGCAGCGUGUGUGGAUAAUCAAAAAUCUAAUAACAAUUCUGCAAAUUGCUCCUCUUUGCCAGUUAAAGACAGUGUGUGUCAGUCAGGAUCCGUGAAAAGUAAUGGGAUGGGACAGACUCAACCGGGUAGUGGUGAUGGUGGUGGUGAUGUUGGUGACACGACAAAGUUAGUAAACAAGACGAUCGAGACUCCUGCAAAAACGGCAGCGGAGAUUAUAGAUGUCAUGAAAGCUGUGGAUAAUGAGGACUCGACAGGGCAGCAGAAGAUUUCUCAAGCGUCUGGAACUUGCCAGGACGAGAAGACACCACCGUCAUCAACAAGUUUGAGUAAAGCGGCAGCGUCCAGUGACAGUCUGGCCGAGGAGCCGAGUGGGAGUGACCGGAGCGCCCCAGGUGAAUCCCUGAGCAUCACCUCUCUGGAGUCCUUUUCGAACCUGAACCAAUCCGACAACAGCGAGGGAGCCGAUGACAGGGUGCUGGCGCUCGCUCUCCAAACCGAUGAAUACGACAGCGCAGGGGGCGAUGCUAAACUGGCUGCAUCCAUCAAGGGUCAGUCCAUUUACCAUAUCAAGUGGAUAAAAUGGAAGGAGGAGAACACGCCGAUUAUCACCCAGAAUGAGAACGGGCCGUGCCCCUUGCUUGCAAUCAUGAAUGUUCUUUUACUGGCGUGGAAGGUGAAGAUGCCGCCUAUGAUGGAAAUGAUAACUGCAGAACAGCUGAUGGAAUAUCUAGGAGACUACAUUCUUGAUGCCAAGCCAAAAGAAAUCUCUGAAAUUCAGCGCUUGAACUAUGAGCAGAACAUGAGUGAUGCCAUGGCGGUCUUGCACAAGCUGCAGACGGGUCUCGAUGUCAACGUGAAGUUCACGGGUGUUCGAGUGUUUGAAUACACCCCGGAGUGCAUCGUCUUCGAUCUGCUGGAUAUACCCUUGUAUCACGGCUGGUUAGUGGACCCACAGAUCAAUGACAUUGUGAAGGCGGUGGGGAACUGCAGUUAUAACCAGCUGGUGGAGAAGAUAAUCAUCAGUAAACAGUCCAAUCGCAGCGAGCUGGUUGGGGAAGGCUACGUGGCAGAACAGUUCCUCAACAGCACAGCCACCCAGCUGACCUACCACGGCCUGUGUGAGCUUACCUCCACUGUCCAGGAGGGGGAGCUCUGCGUCUUCUUCAGGAACAACCACUUCAGUACCAUGACCAAAUACAAGGGCCAGUUGUACCUGCUGGUAACAGACCAGGGCUUCCUGACGGAGGAGAAGGUGGUCUGGGAGAGUUUACACAACGUGGACGGAGACGGGAACUUCUGUGACUCGGAAUUCCACCUGAGGCCUCCGUCGGGCCCCGAGACCGUGUACAGGGGCCAGCAGGACCAGAUAGACCAGGAUUACAUGAUGGCCCUUUCUCUCCAGCAAGAACAGCAAAGCCAGGACCUAAAUUGGGAGCAGCUCCCAGAGGGAGUCAGCGACCUGGAGCUGGCAAAGAAGCUCCAGGAGGAAGAGGACCGGCGGGCCUCUCAGUUCUACCAGGAGCAGGAGCAGGCUGCGGCGGCCCAGGCCCAGGCCCAGGGAGAAGAGCAAGCACAGGGAGGGGGAGCCGCUGCUGCCACAGCCGCCGCCGCCAGUCCCGGGAAACAGUCGGGGAGCAGCGAGCGCAAGCACAAGAAGGAGGCAAAGGACAAAGAGAAGGACCGAGAGAAGGACAGAUGCGUUCUCUUGUAACAGGGGAUGAGUUUCGCUUGGAGCCAAGUACAUGCCCUGGAAAAAACAAAACAAACAAAAAUAACAAACCCGUUAACAUGCCGCCUGUGCCUGAUUUCCCACCCAUCUUCAUUUUCCCUUCUUCGUCUUUUUAACUGGAGGACAGAAAGGGUAACUACUUUGAUACAGUCGGCCAAACUUUGUUACACGUUGCACUGUGCACUAUAUUUGUGAUGGAAGUUCUGUAGGGUAUGUGGGGUUGCUAUUGUUUUUAUAGCAAACAAAAAGAAAUGUGGUAAAGACUGCGUCUUGGAAUAACGAAACGUGUUACUUUGAAGAGGAAAUCACAUCCCUUUAUUUUUUAAUUGAAUCAGUUAAUAAGCUAUUUUAUUUAUAGAUAUAGAUAUAUAUAUACACGUAUAGAGACACCCUUUUUGUGGUUUCACUUAUCGUUUUCUCUUUCAUUUAUAGUCGCUGAAUCAGAAACCAACUACACUACUAUGCUGAUACUUUUUAGCAGCAAAAAUGAUCGGUUCAAGGGGCCAUUCUCCCAAGCUAGGCUGUGGUACCGGAGAUAUUAUAAGAUAAGGGGUGCAGAGAAUGUGUUAACCAAUAGUACCUUUGUGGCUACGAAAGGAAAAAAUCCUAGCCCCAUUGGCUAAUGGAAAAGAAUGAGUCGCCCCUUUCACUGUUACUUAUCUGUGGUUUUAAAGGUCUCAUCAUUUGUUUACAAGUUAUUCAAUGUUUAAGAGUUACAGUGUGUAAUGUGUUGGAUACAAAGUGUUGAGGAGCAUGUCUUGGUAAGCUGCCACAUGUUUACUAGCUAUAAACUAUCUGUCCUUGGCAGACAGAAUGAUGCAGCCUUCCUACCAUGACUUGCAGGUCACUGGUCCUGGCUGAGCAAACAGCAAAUUACGAUUGGGGGCAGUGUUACAAACUUACCUUUUAAUGUAUCCUAACCCCAAUUUGCCUUAUUAGGACACACCCUAAGUGUUGCUCCUAUUCUAACUGCCUAGGCACUGUUAACUCUAUUUAUAAUAUAAGUGUGUGUGUGUGUGUAUGUAUGUAGAAGAAUGAGUAAGGCGACCUAUGUUUCUAAUUCAAACGGUCUCGUUGCCUGCUUAUUUUGACAUCAUCCUAGGGUGUACCUUUUGACACUAAUGUUUGGUAGCACUUAAAGCUGCAGUGACCCACAAUUCUGGUCAGUUUUACACUAAUAAAAUCCCUAGUGUCUUUUUACUAGGCUGGUUCCCAUAGUGUAGGAAGAAAACAGAGUUUGUUGCCAGUCCAGUUUUUAAAGUUUUCUCCCCCUCCCCCCACCCAACUGAAACCUGCUUCCACCACAAUAAGUCUGUGAGCCAAAUAUUCAUGUUUUAGUUAACGACUUACAGCAACAGGUGGUUAUAAAUUGUAUCUUCAAGCUCCAUUGUAGAUCAAGAAAUGAAACAGGGAUCAGUCAGCAUUCUACAGGAAAAACAUACCUUUUAACUGUAGAAUUGUGGAACUUAAAUGUAAUCUUUACUUAAAUGUAUAAUGUAAAUAUGACAAUAGUAGUUUGUUGCCAACAUCAGAAGAUCUAUUGACCAGUGCAUAUUUCAAGAUAAACACUGCUAACUACAGCCUCUCGUGCAAUGGCACUGUGCCUUGGGGAGGUAUGAGGAAUACUGCAUUGUGAAUAGGGAUGUCAUUUUGUCACGGUGGUCACGUUUGUUUCCGUUCAGCGUGAAAAUAGGAAAGGAGAAGUUCACGUCUUUUGAACUGGUUUCAGUGCGGUUAGCAAACGUUAAAUAAAGGUGAAUACUGACAGAGAACUAUAAAAAUGACGAAAUGAAGUUCUAAGCAACUAGCAGAGCAAUAUCCCAAACAAUUUCAUGAAAGCAGAGGGAGCGGCUUUAAUGAGAAACAAGCUUCAAAUGAAUCAAAGCCUUUUGUGCAGAAAAAACACCUCUGCAUACACUUGAUAAUGCAAAGCCUAAAGGGAGGACGGUUUACAGUCCUGGAGAAGCAUGAACCCCGAUUUGAAGCUCUUGCAGUCGUUCCUCUGAGGUGCUUAACCUGUCAACAGUGUAAAUGAGAACGAUCCUUCUGAUCUUUUAAUUUACAUCAUGCUAUACCAACACCACAGCUGUGUUUGAAUAGACAUUAACAAAAAGGAUCUUGUAAAGUGCUCAAUUUACAAGCAGAACAUUUAUUAACAAAAAUUACAUUUCAGUGUAAUGUUAAAAUUAAAAGUUAAGCAUGUUCUUGUUACGAUUGUUUUUUAAAAGUAAACAUAGAUACUGUUAAAAAAAAAAAAUCUGUUUACUUUUGACUAGGUGUGUUAAAAGAAAACACAUUAAAUACACUCAAUUUGUUUACUUUGCACAAAUACUAAAAUAUUACAGUAUAUUACAUUCAUAAAUAUAUUUAAGUUAAAAUCUUUGUAGCCGUGACCGUGCCGUGAUUUGUACAUAUUUUUACUGUGACAAAAUCACAUCCCUGAUUAUGAGAAUCCAAGAGCACACAACUUGGCAGUAGCAUCACGGAGGCUUGGAGUUGUUCAUUUGGAGAGCCCCUGUCUGGGUUUCUAUGGGUUUCUGGCUCUGGGAGUGCCAGCCUUCUGUAAGACCUAAAAACAACGUGGGGUAUUCUGACCCCUGUGUGGGUGAUGUUUAGAAAUGUGACCUGUAACGUAGGACUUCUCCAUUUGAAAUUACAGCAAUGAGUCAGUGGUCAGGCAAGUGCAGGCCUCACUGCCUUGCCAUUUGAAGGUUCAUAAACUCCCUACUGUAAUUUGGAAUGUAUUUUACAGAGUUGUCUAGGCUUCACUCAUUAACAUCUUUAAAAAUCUUCUAGCGAAGGAGUCCUUGUACUUACUGUUGCAUCCUCUUCAAACUGUUAUAGUUUUAAGAUUCUCAAUACAUUCCAAAUGAAUGCCUUUACUAACAUGAGAAUGUCUAUUUUAUAACUAAUCUGCAGCUCAGACAAACCAUUAAGGAAAUACACUAUAACCUUACCUAUCUUUCUGUAUUCUUAUUAUGAUGAAGAUUAUUAUGAUUACGCAGCACUGUAUUUAUUUCAAGAUAUGAAAAGUAAUUGAGUGUGGAGGCCUAAGUUAGACUACAUUUAAAGCCUUAUAAAACCACCUGCAUCAUUAUAUUACACAGGAUAUAUAAGAUAACAAAAUAAAGACAAUCUCUAGUCUCUCGUUCUAAGCUUUAGGUUUCAACUCCAUCCAAUUCUUUUCAGAAGGGACAUACCCUGAGAUCUGUGUCUUUCUCUUCACUCUUCGGCAGAACUCAGUUUUACUAAUUAGGCAUCAUCAGAUUUCAGACAAGCACUACAUUUUUGUGAAAGUUUGUACAUUGCCUUCAGUUUUAGCCUCUGUAAAAACUAUUAUAACAAGAUCAGCUGGUGAGAUAAAAAGCUUUGGAUGAAAGACAUCUCUUGUUUCAUUUUGGUUCUUCAGAUUCCUGACAGUGCACGUGUGUGUGUGUGUAUGUAGAGGUAUGUUGUGUUAUGAAAUCUAGUGUUAACAUCCCAAAUGAAUUACUUUUAUAAAAACAAUAAAUACAGAUUUCAAAACCAAUUUGAAGUGGCAGUAAUUGCAUGGUAUGUACUAUGCAAAACAUUAAUGUUGUACUGACAUGCAAGUGCUUGAUUCUUGCAGUACUCGUAGUGUUGGUAUAUGCUCUUUUUGUAUUAAUAAAACGUGAUUACUAAAGUUGAUUAAAUGAAGGUUUUUGGUACGUUUUAGUUUAGUUUUAGGUCUACCAGACAUACCUUGUUCAUACCCAUAGUGCACUGCCUAAUACUCAUUAAGUACAUGGCACUUGCAUGAUAGCACAAUAGUAAUUACUGCAACCUAAAACGAGUUCUCAAAAAAACACACAAUGCGUCAAAUUAUUAUUAUUAUUAUUUAUUUAUUUCUUAGCAGACGCCCUUAUCCAGGGCGACUUACAAGCCCUAGUAGAAGAGAUGUCACUCUCUUGACGAAAUGAACCCAUACCAUAUUAAUGGGAAUGAAGCAUUCAGUGAAUAGACUUUUAGGCCAUGGGUAUGCAUGUCUGGAAACCAUUUUCUGACCCAUUUUUCCUUUUCGUGAUCAUUUAAGCACAGGCAUUAUUUUUCUGACAUAUAGGAAUGGUGUUUUGUAUACAUAAUCUUAAAAUAGCUGACGGUAAUUAGGUGUGUGCCAAUAGGAUUGGUAGAAGUCAGUUGUGUGGAGUGCUCCAAAGUUACUGCUUUGAGAACUCCUGCAUUAGUAGUUGUUCAAUUCUCUUACUGUGUGAAGACUGCAUUGAAAAGCCCUGCAGAGCAACUAUUUGUUGAUGCAUCACAGUGUUCUACUAAGGUGGCUAAGAUCUUGAGAUUUUUUUUUUUUAUAUAGAAAUCUUAAUUAUAUACCCCCCUCGAGAAACAGCAAAAAUACACACUAGUGAAGUAAAACUAAUUACGUCUUAAAAUAUUUAUUUGAAUGAAUUGCUAUCAUUUUUUAUGUGAAAAAAAAUCCCAAUAUGUAUUUAUUUGUACUGAAAACUUCAAUUCUGAAGGAAUUUUCCAUAUAUUUGUAUUGGCUGGAUGAUACAAAGUUGCGGCCUUUGUUCUGUGUCAGAUCAGUAAGGUCUUUGUUUUUGCUUGUGCUCAAAAUGAUUAGGGGUAAAUGCAGUUCCUAAUACACAGCAGAAGGGUGUUUUGUACAAUGCUGAUAUUUUUCCUGUUGUCACACUGCUAUUGAACUUGUUUUAAAACAUAAAUUGUAUGUAUUUCUUGUUUGUGAUAUUCAAGAUUUUCCAAACCACUUUCCGCCAGCAUAACUGCACCUUGCCUUUGUGGGAAGCUGUGUGCAAAACACUACUUGAGCAGUCGCGUGAUCAGAGAAUCUGCCACACACCGUUGAACUGGCAUAGCUACGUCUCGUUUGCAGACUGUGGUUUGUAAACUCUUAAUAUUAAGGUAUAGAGCCCCUCCAUUUUAAUAGGUUAUGAAUUUGCUGCGCAUCUUCCUUUAGUUAUCAAUAUUGAUUGUAGGCAUGUGGUUACCAGCAAAUGUCAACAUGCAUUAUCCCAUAUCUGUACUAUGUGUUUCUCACUACAAAGGCAAUCUCAAAAGAAAACUACAGUCCCUCUAAUGUUUUUGCACUAGAAAAAAAUACCUCAUUUUAUACAGUCAUACAAGAGAUUACUUGUGUGUUCUAGGAAGGAUGCUUACUCACAGACUGAAGGGCGGCAGUGUGGUCUUUACUCCGACAAAUGUAAACAGCAUUGUGCGAUAUGGUAUGACCUAGCCUCUGACUGCUUUGCUAGUGGACCUGGUUAUGUAGAUUUAUGCGCUACUAUCACAACUGAGGCUUUCAACAUUAACUUUUUAAUAUCAAGGAGAAAAUGUGUGGUUAAGAAUUUAAAACGUACUAUCUCUGUGUCUACAAUGACCAUUUAAGAGAAGGCAUGAUGGGGUCAUAACAGUAUGCAAGUAAAAUACUCCUUCCUGCAUCAAUUUAGGGAAGGAUUGCUGUCGGUGUGAAUAACUAAUGCAAAGACCAUUGGUUCCCCUGGUAAUUCCCAGUACCCUGUAGUUUUCAUACUAGUGAAACCUGUUUCUGCCUAAAUAAAUAUAUCCCCCGUUAGGAAUGGCACUAGGAAUUACAUUUUCUUGGACCCAUGAUGCAUGUUCAUAAUAUGUGGGCACAGCACUUGCCAGAAAGAUUUACUGAUCUGUUUUAGUUAAUGUAGGAAAUGUAUGCAAAGUACCCUUAACAUUGAAUAUAUUUAUUAUUUAAAAAAAAAAAAACUUUAAACAAUUAUGCCUGUUACUGUUUUUUUUUCCACCUAUAAGUAAAUUAUUUGCAGAGUAAAUUGAGUUUAAGAAAUGCUGUGACCACAUUUUCAGAUUUUUCUGAGGAUUUCUUCACCACCACCGGCUGUCCUAUACCAUGUUCAGUUAUCAACAAGCUCAAUGCAAAUGAUGGGGCUACAACAAACCCCUGAAUAUGAAACAAAAAGCUACCUAUGCCAACUAUUCUAUUAAGUGGGUACAGGACCAAGUGGUCACAAACAGUUAUGAUCUAGCACCAGUUGUUCUGAACAUACAUUAAAUAAACCAUGACUUUUCUGAUUAUGUUAAAAUACUUUGUGGUACAACUAAGGUUUGAAGAAUGUUUAUAAUAUAUCAGAUGUAUUCAAUAUUUGUGACCAAAUGUAUGUAGCUUUUAGCUUAUGUUGUGUUGGUGCAGGGCAUUUUAUGAGGUUACAUUUUCUAGCCUUUGCUAACCUAGUUGGUAACAAAAUGCCUUAGUAGACGACGGCCAUUUAGCCCUAUGAAAAAAUAAAAUUGUAAGAACAUACAUAUAUUGUUCAUUUGUAGAGCAAGAGCUAGGCAUUGUGGAUUGUCUUUUUACAUUAGAUACAUUAAGUCUCGCCAUUACUUUAUUUCUAUAAACAUUGAAGUAGCCUAUUGUGCCAUUAAAAUCCUGUGUUCUCGCAGAUGUGCUUCAGUAAUAAAAUUGAUGCUUUAUGUA